AUGGAAACGGAUACGGAAGUUUCAGAUAUGGACAGACUUAAAACUGUGCUAACCUUACUUCCACAAAUGUCAAGAGACAUUAUCGACGAUACUAUCCACGAAAAAGUGUUAUCAUAUUUAUCGGGUUAUGCGAAAAAAGGACCAGAUAUGGUGGCGGUUUUGGCGGAGUGGAAUGUCUUGGACGUUAUACGCGCAUGUAUAUUUCAAGAAAGUCCUUCUUCCAGGCAACGACAAACAGACUACAGAAUCACCUCGAUAGCUAUUAGAUUCCUCGCGCAGCUUCUACAGAAUGAUGACAAACAUCGUGCACGGCUGUUUUGUCAACUGAUUACCAAAUAUCGAGAAGUUAUGACCUUUAUUUUAGAUGGUGUGUUUGAUGAGGAUGAAGCUUUGAUGAGAUAUUCGUGUGUUGAAGCAUUGGAGAUGAUUGUUGCGUAUGAGGAGGGAGCAAAAUGGAUUCUCGAGUCCAAUAAAAGCGCGCAGAUUAUUGAGCGAUGCUUCGAAGAUUCGAGCACAUACGUCGUCACCGCAAUAUCGAAACUCUUAUUAUCAAUCAUCAAAAAUUCACCUUCGUCUUCGUCAGAAGAAAUAUCAUCAUCUCAUCUGCUGCUACUUGAACACAUAAUCACAUCGCUCAACUUAUUCACUAUGAUGCGUGAAAUGCUCUACGACGCGCAUGUUACAUAUAAUCACCGUAUGGCUACUUUAGAAAUUGUUUGGAUGCUGGCGAGCUCGCAAGAAAUUAAUGUAAUUGGAUUUUUAAGAAGGGGAAAAUUGUUAAUGCAUCUCGACACAUUGCUGCACGAUCCAAACAGAAUUAUAAGAUCUCGAGCAAACGAAAUUCUUUAUACUUUGUUACAAUGGGUGCCGGAUCCUUUGAUUCUUUUAGAAGAUUCUAACGAUUUCAGUAACCCAAAUAAUACUCACCACAGCAAUGCGUUCAAUUUUAUCCUAUACGAGAUUGUGUUCUCUCUUUUAUCGAAGGCCGCUGAUAAUAAUUUUGAGAUGGUUGUGAUGUCUGUAAAUGUGAUAACUUCCAUGGCACAAUUGGCUGCGCGAGAUAAUGAUAAUAAUCAUUUAAGUAGUGGAGGAACAAUAAGAGAAGGAGAACACUUAGCCUCGAUCCUUACAAGUUUACUUGUGUUUUUACUGGGAUUUACACAAAAAAUUCAAAAUCAAGAUGAUAUUUUGGAUUCGACGUCUAUGCCUUUGUCUUUUACUGAUUCUAAUGUUGAACAAUUUUUAUGUGAUAAUGAGAUAGUGGAAAAAUUAAGUUCACUUUUCAACUCGACAAAACGGGCAAACACUCAUCGAAAAACAUUGAUACUGAAUGUAUUUCAUGCAAUCCAGUCUAUUGCGAUUAAGUUCAGUCAAGUAAUCGCGGUAAUAUUAAAUAACAUUUAUGUCGAUAAUAUAUUAUCUACUCCCGCGUAUAAUACCGAUGAACGUAUUCUGAAAGCGGGAUUCAAUGUUAUUCCAAUUGUGCUUUUCUCAAAAUUUGCGAAUGCUCAUGAUGAUCGCAAUAUUGAAGAUGAUGAUCGAUACCAAGCUGUGGAUAAGAUUUUGGAAAUACUGAACGCGUUAUUGAAAGACCAAAACACCGAAUGUCGUGGUAUGACACUGGUACUAGAGAUGUUAGGACGAUUGCUUGGAAACCAAAUUAUCGGCGGCUAUAUUUUUGAUUCUGGUUACGGUAAACACCGGUAUGGAAUUGAGCUUGUGUGUAGGUUCGAUUUGGAAAAAGACGCAUUGUCGCGUAUACAUGAUCCGGAAGCGUAUGUACGUGCUUCCGCUUUAAAUGCCGUACAGGCAAUAAUUCGCCAUUCAGAAGGUUGGCAAAACAUCCUUUCCAAAAAUCUCAAAGAAUCUAUCGCGUUAGAACUCCCUCAAUUAAUGAAAGACACCGAAGCAUUUGUUCGCCGCGCAUUGAUGGACUUGAUGAUUUGUUUGAUUGUUGAGCGUGAGUGUGGCGAAAUAUUACUUGACGAUAAAAACGCAGAAAUUAUAAAUCCCGAAGCUAUGGCCAAAAUCAUGGAUGAUCCCGAUUUCGAGGUCAGAAUUCGUGGAUGCCAAUUUUUAGCGGUAGUUUGGGAUCACUGUGAACAAGACCGCAAACAAGGUCAUAAAAGACAACGUAAACAGGCUGUUAAUAUUGAUGCUGAUUUGUCACCAAUAGACAGUAAUAAUAAUAAAAGUUUUUUGAUUGGCGAUGAUUCUUCAUGGUUUUAUUGGCUUGAUGGUGACAAUAUUUUGAUUGACGCGGCUUCCGACUCGAGUCGUCUAGUUCGACGCGAAAUUCUCGUCAUUUUACAGCGAAUAAAAGAUUAUGUCGCACAAUUAUCCUCUUCAGCGUCAUCAAGUAAUAACAGCAUUCAAAUAGAUAAUAAUUCUAUUAUUAUUGAUACUGACAAGAAGACAGAAAUUUCACAAUUACUACCACACAAACGACCAACUAUUGAAUCAUCAUCGUCACUCCCACAUCGUCACGCCGAUUUCUAUCGCCGAAUAUGCGCAGAAAUAGAUUUUUCACGUCUCGCUUCGACUAUUGAUGCCGAGCAUUUGUAUAAAGAGGCACUGGAGAGUGUUGUGGAUUCGGCAAUGACAAUGACAAUGGAUGUGGAAGAAGGGGAGCAUCAUAGAACUAAUAGCAUGGAUUGCUAUUAG